AUGUUAUUAUUCCCUGAAAGUCGCUAUCCUAUUGAAAAUAGAAAAAAGUCAUAAACAUAUCAUUAAGAAUCUACAAUUAAAGAAUUGUUAUCAAAUUCAGUAGGAGAAGCUAUCAAAUAUAAACCAUCAAAACCAAUAAAUUCUAAAUUGGAUUAUGAAGAAAAUUAAUAUUUAGCUAAUAAAAAUAAAUAAAGUUAUUUAUAGAGCAAUAUUUUCCAUGAUACAAAAAUUUAAAUUAGAAAUGAUAAAUAAGCACUCCAAUAUUAAAAUAAUAAAAAAAAGUAAUCAUCCAACCUUUCAUCCAGAGUAACAACUGAACCUUAAUAUUAAUAACCCUCAUAUGUUAGAGGUACUUUGAAUCAAGAAUUCAGAAAAGAUGAUAUAAAAGUAGAAAAUAAAUAAUCCUAAUAAAGUGUAUUAUUUAAUACUUUAGGGAAAUAUUAUGUAGAACACAAAAAUCCAGGUAAAACUAAUUUUAUGGCUUCUGAUCUGACAUUUCUUAAACAUGAUUCUUUAAGGGAUAAAAAAUUAGAAUAUAAAGAGAAAUAAUUAGAGGCAGAAUAUUAAAAAUAAAAAAGUUAUUUAUCAUAAUAUAAUUCUACUUAAAGUCAAUCAAGAAGGUAAUCAAAAUAAGAAUAAGAAAUAAAUGUUAAAUUAAAUUAAAUAGAGAUACCUAAAUAAGAAAUUACAGGUUAUGAUAUUGUUAUAGAAUAAAAAGGGAAAGGUUUUCUACCAAAUUAAUUUAGGAGUAUUAUUAAGCAUAAUGGAUUUUAAAUUAAAUAAUAAGAGAAUGACCAUUAUAUAAUCUAACCUUUAGGAGGAAAUAAUAAUAUAUAAUCAAUUGCCAAAUAUUUAAAGAAUUAUGAUAAUAAAGCUAAAAUAGAGAAAGUACCAUAUUAAUAAGAUUGA